GCGGGGCGCGGCGAGGGCUCUGCCUUGUGCGUGGAGCCUCCGCUUCGUCUCCGGCCCGGGGAGGCGGCUCCGGCGGGGCAGACGGGCUCCACCCCCGGGCCGGCCGCGUGCCCGCGCCUCCCAAUUCCCAGAACCAGGGUGGGGGCUCGAGGGGGUGGUGGCGGCAGCUCCGCUUCCAGCUGGGCGUCUGGGCAGUGGGCCAGGACGGGCGGAGAGCGGCGGCGGCGCUGGGCGGCGGAUCGCGCGCAGGGCGGUGGCUUGGACCGGGCGAGCCAUGGCGGCCCCGGAGCUGGUGCCGAGGCGGGGCCGGGAGCGGGAACGGGAGGACGAGAGUGAGGACGAAAGCGACAUUCUGGAAGAGAGCCCGUGCGGCCGCUGGCAGAAGCGGCGGGAGCAGGUGAAUCAGGGAAACAUGCCGGGGGUCCAGAGCACGUUCCUGGCCAUGGACACUGAGGAGGGGGUGGAGGUGGUGUGGAACGAGCUGCACUUCGCUGACAGGAAGGCCUUCUUGGUCCAUGAGGAGAAGAUCCAGACCAUGUUUGAGCAGCUGGCCCUGGUAGACCACCCGAAUAUUGUCAAGCUGCAUAAGUACUGGCUGGAUGCCUCAGAGUCCCGAGCGCGGGUCAUCUUCAUCACAGAGUACGUGUCGUCAGGCAGCCUCAAGCAAUUCCUCAAAAAGACCAAAAAGAACCACAAGGCCAUGAAUGCCAAGGCCUGGAAGCGCUGGUGCACACAGAUCCUGUCUGCACUCAGCUUCCUGCACGCCUGCAGCCCCCCCAUCAUCCAUGGAAACCUGACCAGCGACACCAUCUUCAUCCAGCACAACGGCCUCAUCAAGAUUGGCUCCGUGUGGCACCGGAUCUUCUCCAACGCGCUCCCUGACGAUCUUCGAAGUCCCAUCCGUGUUGAGCGGGAGGAACCUCGGAACCUGCACUUCUUCCCGCCAGAGUAUGGAGAGGCUGCCGAUGGCACUGCCAUGGACAUCUUCUCCUUUGGGAUGUGUGCACUAGAGAUGGCUGUGCUGGAGAUCCAGGCCAACGGGGACACCCGGGUCACAGAGGAGGCCAUCACUCGUGCCAGGCACUCACUGAGUGACCCCAACAUGCGGGAGUUCAUCCUCUCCUGCCUAGCCCGGGAUCCUGCCCGCCGGCCCUCUGCCCACAACCUCCUCUUCCACCGCGUGCUGUUCGAGGUGCACUCACUGAAGCUCCUGGCUGCCCACUGCUUCAUCCAGCACCAGUACCUCAUGCCUGAGAAUGUGGUGGAGGAAAAGACCAAGGCGAUGGACCCACACGCAGUCCUGGCGGAGAUCCCCCGGCCCCCCCGGCCCCCGCUGCAGUGGCGGUACUCAGAAGUCUCCUGCUUAGAGCUCGACAAGUUCCUGGAGGACGUCAGGAAUGGGAUCUACCCGCUGAUGAACUUCGCUGCUGCCCGGCCCCUGGGGCUGCCCCGUGUGCUGGCCCCACCCCCCGAGGAAGCCCCAAAGGCCAAGACCCCGACGCCAGAGCCUUUUGACUCAGAGACCAGAAAGGUGAUCCAGAUGCAGUGUAACCUGGAGAGGAGUGAGGACCAGGCGCGCUGGCACCUCACUCUGCUCCUGGUGCUGGAAGACCGGCUUCAUCGACAGCUCACCUACGACCUGCUCCCAACCGACAGUGCCCAAGACCUGGCCGCCGAGCUGGUGCACUACGGCUUCGUCCACGAGGUGAGGUGUGCGGGCCGGGUGCGGCCAGCCUGGGAGGGCGGCAGGGUGGGCCACGCCCCUCCGUCCCCCAUGCCUCCCUCCCAUCCUGCAGGACGAUCGGCCGAAGCUGGCCGCCUUCCUGGACAGCACCUUCCUCAAGUACCGUGGAGCUCAGCCGUGACCUUGAUCCAUACACCUCAGGGUGCCAAGCCCCCUGGAAGCCGACCUCUUGGCUCCCUGGGGAAGCUUGGCAUUGGCCCCUGCAGUUGGGUGGGGAACCAGGGUCCCUGUCUGCCUGUGUGCCUGCUAGUGAGAACCUCCCUUCGCAUAGCUCCCGCAGCCCCUGGGUGGGGCUGAGGGUGGCGGGGUCCGGCCCACCAGGGGUGAGGGAGCCGGUGCUGGGGGACUGGUUAGCUGCUGCGUGUCCUUAGGAGCAGGAUGUCCGGUGCAGUCAGCUUCCACAAUUUCCUGGCCGUGUGGUCACGAAGGGGCUGCCACACAGGGAACCAUGCAUAGUGCUGGGGGCUGAGGGGUGGGGGUCAGCCCUGGAGAGCUGUGCGCCCAGGGAAACGUUCCAUUGCAAGUUGGUGCCACUGACCCACAUGAGGAGCCACCACCUUAAACUGAUGGUAAAGCACCUGCAAGUGUUGGGCACCGUGCUGGGCGAGGGGCGUAGCCAUGACCUGGAAGCUCGUGUGGCUCUUGCCCCCUGCCUCCCAUCCAGGGCAGACCCACUUCCGAGCCCCUCUCUGGCUCCUGCAGCCCCCACAAAGAGCUGUUUCUGUUCGCAUUCCCUGGCCGGAGUGGUCCAUGUCAGAUGCCCUCCCUGCCCCUCCCCAGCUCCCCCCUACUCGUGCUACAUCCCUGGGUCCUGGGGAUAUCAGUGCCCCCUCCAUUUGCAAAUGUAAUUAAUCACUCGAACAUUUAAAACCGCAUGUAUAAAUUUAGCACAUUCAGGUUUCUAAGUGUUUGAAAUGUCAAACAAGAAAAGCCUACCACUAUAUUAGUUCUCUGUUGUUGCCGUAGUUUUUCACUACAAACUCAGUGGCUUAAACCAACACAUAUAUUAGUUCUGUAGGUCAGAAAUCUGGCGCAGAUCCCAUCAGACUAACAACAAGGUAUUGUCACUCCUUUCUGGAGGUUCUUGGGGAGAAACCAUUUCCUACUCCUUCACGUUGUCAGCCUGCAGGUUCAGGAGCACGCAGGGCACUGGGCAGGAAUUCAGUUCCUUGCAGUGACGGGGCCAAGGUUCCCAUCACCUGAACUGUGUGUCUGGUUUUCUGCAGCCAGGAAAGCUUCGUGUGAUUAGGUUGGGUCCACCUGGAUAAUCCGGGAUAAUCUCCCAUCUCAUGGUCCUUAAUCUUAAUGAUAUGUGCAAAAUACUUUUCACCAAGUAAAGUAAUAUUCCCAGGUUCUGGGGGUUAGGACAUGGACAUCUUUGUCAUCCCACCUGCCACACCACCCCAACCAAAACCCCAAACCAACACCCCUUACCAAGACAUGUCAGAUUCCAUGUACAAAUAUGGUGAAUCUCAAGUUAUUUUAAAUGUUCCAGUACCCUACAAAAUUAUUCAAGUUCUUAAACCUUUCAGUUUAAAGUUAAAUGCUUUAAAAUAACUUACACAUCUACUUGGAAAUCCUGAUGCCAAGCUGUCUGAUUCUGCAUCGUCUGAAACAGUUGGGAGUGUCCAAUGCAUAACAGAUUGUACCAGAGAUUAAACUGAACUCAAAAGGAUCAGUAAUAGUACUGCUCCAUUUAAUGUCUGUUGAGGUUUUCGUUUUAACUCUUCAAAGUGACAUACGUAUUACUUUAAAAGUGGAAUUUUUUUUAGGCCAAUAAUAAACAACUAAUAAAUACAA